UAGCUGCACAUUAAUCAAACAAACAUCUCAUCGAGUAGGAAGCUUCCUAUACAUCUUCUCACUUGUUGUAUCUCCUCUUAAACCCCCACCCAUGCCCUCCAGGCUCCAGCCCCACAACCCCACUCUACAAAAAGGACCAUAUAAAUCUCUCCAUCUGUCUCACCACUUUCAACCCUAAUACUUGAUCUUCCAUAUGGCUUUCAUGAAAAAAGUCAAUUUUUUUUUUCAACUCAACAUUUUAGUUACAUUCUUGUUCUUGUUUGUAUUUCCGGCAUCCAUGGGUGAGCUUCAACGGCUAAAACAUCCGGGGAAUACCGACGGCCCGCUGAGCAUUUUGGUAGUCGGAGAUUGGGGAAGGAGAGGAACUUAUAAUCAAUCUCAUGUUGCUCAUCAAAUGGGAAUAAUUGGAGAGGAAUUAAAUAUAGAUUUUGUAGUAUCAACUGGGGACAAUUUCUAUGAUAAUGGAUUAACUGGUGUAGAUGAUCCAGCUUUUGAGGAAUCUUUUACCAAUGUUUACAAUGCUCCAAGCUUACAAAAAACAUGGUAUAAUGUUUUGGGAAACCAUGAUUAUAGAGGAGAUGCUUUAGCACAAUUGAGUCCCAUCCUUAAGCAAAGGGAUAGCAGGUGGAUUUGUUUAAGAUCUUAUAUAGUUAAUACAGAUGUGGCAGAAUUUUUCUUUGUGGAUACGACUCCUUUCCAAGAUAUGUAUUUCACAACUCCUAAAAAUCAUACUUAUGAUUGGAGAGAUAUUUUGCCUCGACAAAAUUAUCUUUUUGAGGUUUUGAAGGAUUUAGACUCAGCAUUAAGAGAAUCAAAUGCAAAAUGGAAGAUAGUGGUUGGUCACCAUACCAUUAAAAGUGCUGGACACCAUGGUAACUCUGUGGAGCUUGAACUCCAGCUUCUUCCCAUCUUGCAGGCAAACAAUGUUGACUUUUACCUAAAUGGACACGACCAUUGCUUGGAGCAUAUCAGCAGUGCAGAUAGUCCACUACAAUUCUUGACAAGUGGAGGGGGUUCAAAGUCAUGGAGGGGUGAUGUUAAUUGGUGGAAUCCAAAUGAAAUGAAGUUCUACUAUGAUGGACAAGGCUUUAUGGCUAUGCAAAUUACUCAAACACAAGUUUGGAUUCAAUUCUUUGACAUUUUUGGCAACAUUUUGCAUAAAUGGAGUGCCUCAAAAAACCUCUAUUCCAUUAUGUAAGCAAAAAAAUAUUAUUAUGUAUUUAAUUUAUCUAAAAAUUACACAAAUACACAACUUAUGUUUUUAAUAUUA